UGAAAACAGCAAUUCCUUUUCCACUUGAUCAUCUUGCCCGCAGUGCAUGCUUGGUUUUAGGGGUUCAGUUAGCUCUCUUCUCGAAAAAAACGGAACCUAAUCUAGUCAGAAGUGAAAAUAGUAAUUUACUUGUACCACGUACCAGCAAAUCCGGAUGAUGCAUAAGGGAAUGUGCGUUUUGUUUACAAUAGUUGUGUAAAACGGAAGACCGGGGUUCGUACGUGCCACCGACGACGAUACUAAUUAAUACCCAAGUGGGAAGCGUGUCUCCAUCGCGCCUCAUACCGCAACCAACCAACCGCAACACGACAUUAAUGCGUCCUGGUGACGCUUUUUAAUUACACACCGCGCGCAAAAGCGACAACCGAACGAUGGGCAACUCAAGUACAAAGCUGGCAGAAAAAUGUUCCCUGCUGGCCAAAAGUGAAGUGCCGGUGGUGGCAAGCUCCUUUAAGCUAGUCAGCAAAAACUCGGAACGCAUCAAGGAGGAUGAUCUCAUGAAAUUCUGGGGCUCACAGAUGGAUCCCCGGUUGGCACAAUAUAUCACCAACUUCCUGUUCGGACCGCUCGGUGCCCGGUCACCGGUGGUCGAAUUUCAACGGUUUGCCGAACUGUACGUCUACUGCGUUCGUGGCACCAUCGACGAACGCAUCAACGUGCUGCUGUGCAGUCUCGGCCAGCAACCCGAAUCGGAAUCGACCGAAAUUGCUUAUCCGCUUAUCAAAGAGUACGUGGAGGCGGUCGUCAGCAGCUACAUGAGAGCGAUUCGUCUAGAAGGUGGCCCCCAGUUCAAAUCGUGGGAAUCGCGUGGUUUCCGCGUCGUUAAGGACUGCAUUCAGAAGCUGGCCGAAAGUUUAGCGUACGAUGUGGUACAGCAGGGCACACAGAAGGUAACGCGGGCCGAUGCGGAACGAUGGUUACAUAAAAACCCAACCUUCCUGAAGAUGCUGGAACACGUGUUUUCCCACCUGUAUCAUUACCGCAACGUAAAGAACACGUCGGAGGCGGAAGGAAAUGCGCGCAAAAGUAUCAUCCCGCAGGAGGCGCUCCAAUCGAUGCUGCCAUACUGCGAGGGCCUCCAGUACGUACCGGACUAUCCGGCCUUUACCGAUUUGUCGCAGAUGCUGUUUAUCAACUCGAACCUGCCCGGAACGCAACAAAACAAAUGGCGCUUUCUGUUUUCAUCGCAAAUACAUGGCGAAAGCUUUUCAACUUUGCUAGGUCGCAUUAUGGAUCAAGGAUCUACGGUGGUGAUUGUGGAGGAUGCGAACGGUUACAUUUUCGGUGGCUAUGCAACGGAUUCGUGGGCCCUCAGUCCGAACUAUGUCGGCAACGAAAAUUCGUUUCUCUUCACGCUUCGGCCAAAGAUGCGAUGCUUUCCCAGUACCGGCUAUAACGAUCACUAUCAAUAUCUGAAUCUUCACCAACAGACGAUGCCAAAUGGAAUGGGUAUGGGAGGACAGCACAGCUAUUGGGGAUUGUGGCUGGACAGCGAGUACGGAGCGGGCGAGUGUUCCGAGUCCUGCACGACGUACAAAGGCUAUUUUCAGCUGAGCGCCACCAAGAAAUUUGAAAUCAGAAAUGUUGAGGUUUGGGGCGUCGGUGAUAAACCGGUGAAGGAAGAUGAAGCGGAGGACGAAAAGUCGGGCGCGCGCUCCGUGCUGGAUGGCAAUGCGGACAGUAAGGCGAUCCUGAAGAUGAGCGGACGGGAACAGUACUCGGACGGUUACCGGGAGGAGCCGAAGGAUUAAAAAUUGCGUAAGCACGCCAGAAAGCAGAAGUGUUUCGUGCUGGGCCGCUCGAUGGAGAUCAACUUGGUGGAUGUAACGGAUACAUUCAAUUUCAACUUUUUGUAAACGUGUGUGUUCGGGCGUGUGUUUUGAACAGUCGGUUCGAUCGUGGUACUGGGAUGUUUUUUUUUUUCGGAGGAUGCGACCAAACAAUCGUACAAUCGCAAACGGGUCUGGCAUCAGGCGCCUGGUAAAGGAAUGUAGCGUUUUGUAAGAAUCAAAGUCUGAAUAGUUUCCACAAACGGGUUUAUCAUUGUAAUUAUUGCGUUUUUGUUGCCACGAUUUUUGAUCGAACUUCUUCACUCUUGCAAGAAAGCGGUAUUUACUAUAAUUGCAUCAGUAUAACACAAACGAGAUAACACCAACUUGCACCAAGAAACCAUCCGUACACCCGCACUACAAUCACGAGACUCUUCAUCUGGCGUGAAGAAGGUAUAAGGAUAAUCGAUACUAGUUUUGGGUUUCUUUUUUCGAUUCGCCGUACCGAUGAGGCAAUUCGUGUCUGUAAGCUCAUUGGUAUUAGGUAAAGCGAAACAGAAGAAACGCACAGAAGCGAAGCAAAUCUUUGCACAGCAAAUUUAGCGCUAAUAUCAUGUAGCAGUAUCCAAGAUACACGCAUAAGCUCUAAAGGAAUAGGUCGCUACCGAACCGAUACAGGCCGAUGUAAAUUAACACAGAUAGUUAACACUAGAACUACCAAGCGUUUUGAGUGACCUCUGUUAUUGGUGGAAACUUUGAAAAGAAUUUUGACGAGUUAGAUUAUGUUUUAAUAUUUGGUUUCGGAUGCGUAGGAAUGAGAUGUGCAAUGCAUCAAAUACGGUAGGACAGUCAAAAUGAUUGGUCCGGUAGAUAAAGUGUUUUUAUAUUAUUUAAAAAAACGGCCAGGCCGUACCGUUUAGUAGUUCUAGUGUUAAAAUAGUGGAAAUAGCUAUAUUAAAAGAUUGAACAAGCAAAAACCGCUUAGUACACAUAUUUGCAAAAUUUAUGUUGUUUUCUCUUUCUACUUCACACACGUCGUGCAAUAUAGAACAGGUGGAUCUUCGCAUCUGUAAUCACAUCCCUUUUAGUAGUCAGUAACAGUAACAGUCAGGCUAUACCGAGUGUUUAUGUAGCUCCGCGGCGUAAGAAUCUAUCGAUCCAUGCACCUAAAACACAGCAAAUCAAAGGUAUUCAUAAAUAGUGCAAAAUGUUUGUAUGCGUUGUUGCGAUGCUGGUGGCAGCAGAUGUACGAGAUGUAGUGUAGUAUCGAUAUAUUUAUUUAUGUAUUUUUCUUUCUCUCUCUCUCUCUUGUUAAACAAUGUAUACAUCAUGUGAAGAAUUAUGUUUCUAAACUUGUGCCAUAUAGGCUGCGGUAAUCGAGUGAUGGUCGCGUGAAGAAUCUAAAUUAAUUUCGUUUCCGUUUCCUGUGUGUGCAUACAUAAAACAAAUGAGAAGAAAAAAAAAACACAACCGAAAAGCAACAAGUAUCCCAUAGUGGGAAAAUCCGUUUCCUGUAUGCUGUGUGCCCCCGCAACCGUUGUUUGUCAGUCUCUUGGUGUGUCUUUGUGUGUUUUAUGUAGGCCACAUUGUCGUCGUAGCUGGAUAGGUGAUGCACGGAUUUGAAUGAGUACGGAAAUACAAAAGCAUGUGGAUUAAA